AUGGCCAGUGAUUUGCUACCACAUGGCUGGAGCUCGGCUCUUCCGGACGGCCUAACUGGCGUCGACCUGCUCAAGUGUCGUCAAGUGCCCUCCUCCUCUCCGAUACCCACGGACUCGGAGGAGGUCAUCGACUUGAGCUCGUUCUCCUCCGGCCACAGCAGCUCUUCCCCAAUCGUCAGAAUGUCGCGGCAGCCGGUCAUCGUCUACCACAACUGCAUCACCAUUCUUCCAGGUAAAGGGUGA